AAAAGGCCAGAAAAAAGUUUCUUUGCUGGAGUCCCAAACGAAGUGGAGGCCAGGAAGCGGGCCACGAGGCCGCGGAGCCCCGGCCCCUUGGGGUCCUGACUGCUGCCUGGAGUCCCCUCAGUUCCAGACCAUGUCGGGGCCCACCUGGCUCCCCCCAAAGCAGCCAGAGCCCGCCAGAACUCCUCCGGGAAGGGCGCUUCCCCGAGGGCCCCCGGGGCCGCUGCCGCCCCACGGAGCAGCGCUGCAGCCCCAUCCCAGGGUCAAUUUUUGCCCCCUCCCAUCUGAGCAGUGUUACCAGCCUUCUGGGGGACCAGAGGAUCGGGGUCCAGCCUGGGUGGGGUCCCAUGGGGCACCCCAACGUUUACAGGGGCUCCCUCCAGACAGCAGGGGGUGCCUGCGCCCUGGAAGUCUGGAUGCAGAGAUAGAUUCGUUGACCUGUAUGCUGGCUGAGCUGGAUGGGGGUCGCAGUCAUGUUCCCCCACGUCGCCCUGAUCGACAGGCCUAUGACCCUCCUCCACCCCCUGCCUACCGCCCGGGCUCCCUGAAGUCCAAUGGAGGGACUGGUCCAUCCCCACUGCUCCCAGCAUCCCCCUAUGGGGGCCCCACUCCGGCCUCCUAUGCUACCGCCAGCACCCCAGCUGGUCCGGCCUUCCCAGUGCAAGUGAAAGUAGCUCAACCUGUGAGAGGCUGUGGCCCACCCAGGCGAGGGGCCCCGCAGGCUUCUGGGCCCCUCCUGGGCCCUCACUUUCCUCUCCCAGGCCGAGGUGAAGUCUGGGGGCUUGGCUACAGGAACCACCGUGAGCCAGGGUCAGGAAGCAAAGAGGAAGUUGCCGGGGUCUCAGGCCCUGUAGGAGGAGGAAGAGGAAGCGGGCAUGGGCACCAGGGCCCCCUGAGCCAGCCUCCGGAGGAGGAGCUGGAGAGACUCACCAAGAAGUUGAUGCAGGACAUGAGCCACCCGCCUAGUGGGGAGUAUUUUGGCCGGUGUGGUGGCUGUGGAGAAGUUGUGGUUGGAGAUGGAGCUGGAGUCGUGGCCCUGGACCGUGUCUUCCAUGUUGGCUGCUUUGUGUGUUCAACAUGCCGGGCGCAGCUCCGAGGCCAGCAUUUCUACGCAGUGGAGAGAAGGGCCUAUUGUGAGAGCUGUUACGUGGCCACCUUGGAGAAAUGCUCUACAUGUUCCCAGCCUAUCCUGGACCGGAUCCUCCGGGCUAUGGGCAAGGCCUACCACCCUGGCUGCUUCACCUGUGUGGUGUGCCACCGUGGCCUGGACGGCAUCCCCUUCACUGUGGAUGCCACCAGCCAGAUCCACUGCAUUGAAGACUUCCACAGGAAGUUUGCCCCAAGGUGCUCUGUGUGUGGUAGAGCCAUCAUGCCUGAGCCGGGCCAGGAGGAGACGGUGAGAAUCGUGGCUCUGGAUCGCAGCUUUCACAUUGGCUGUUACAAGUGUGAGGAAUGUGGGCUGCUGCUAUCUUCCGAGGGUGAGUGUCAGGGCUGCUACCCGCUGGACGGGCACAUCCUCUGCAAGGCCUGCAGCGCCUGGCGCAUCCAGGAGCUGUCAGCCACCGUCACCACUGACUGCUGAGUCUCCAGGGAGCACUGUCGCCCAGUCCUGUCCAUCUGCCACCCUCCCUGACAGCUGCCAUUACAAUGUGUCGCCUAAUGCUGUCUCUUCUUCCCUCACUCGUGAAAUAAUAACCCCUCAAGCGUUUACAAAAGACUCGUGUUAUCUGAGCCCAACCGAUAUAAACACAGAUUUCAAACUUCUCAAAUGAUCGAAGCUG